UAUUCUAUGAUUGCAAAAAUAAUUUAGACUGCUGGAACAAGCAUAUAUGACAUAACAUACUACGUGUCAUAAUGAAGCCGAUUAAAGGACAGUUCGACAUAAUUUUACAUAAAAAAUGUAUCAUCUAAGGCUACCGAUGCAAUUCCUACUCUGUAUUCCUAACCCCGCCCACUCGAGUUUCUGGGCCUUUCAGCGCCGCCUGUCUCGCUUCAGCCAUCAGCGCGCGAUAGUUACUCCGGUCUUCCGCCUAUCCCUGCAGAUACGCGUCACGUCCUCAACAAAAAAAUGGCGCAAAAUUACGAAAAGUUUAGCAGCCCAGGGAAGGGAAAUGGAUUGCGAGCAACAAAGGACCUCAGCCUGGGAUUACUGUUAGGCAGCGAGAUGCCUUAUGUGUACACUCUAUGCCGCGAAAAGAGCAAAGUGAAUGCGUGUGAUCACUGCUUGCGCAGGCAGGACAAAUUGCUGAGAUGCUCCCAGUGCAAAUUUGCCAGAUACUGUGAUUCCCGUUGUCAGAGGGAUGCUUGGAAAGAUCACAAGAGGGAAUGCAUUUGUCUUAAAGACGUCUCACCCAAUGUCCCAACUGCUUUAGUCCGAUUGGUUGGAAAAAUCAUUUUUAAUCUGCUACAGCAACCCGUCUGCCCUUCAGAAGACCUGUAUUCCAUAUAUGAUCUUGAAUCUCAUAUCAAAGAACUAAGUCAAGAUAUCAAGGAAGGCCUAGGGCAUCUUGCUACUACAUUACAGCUCUACUUGAAGAAGGAAAUUCAGGAUGUAUCCCAGCUGCCACCCGGUUUCAACAUUCUUGAGUACUUCGGCAAAACAGCGUGA